CGUACGGACCGAGUGCCAACAGGUGAGAGUUGUGAGAAGUUGGGAUCGUGCCAGGCGCGGCAAAAUAAGUUGUGUGAAGACGUAACUGUGACCGUGUCAGAACGUAAUGAAUCGCGCGUAUUUCUUCACAUUGUUCGUGCUCACCGGGGCGCUGCUUGUAAUACGUCAAGCCCAAGGAGGCGCUUCAGGUUUCGACUACAACACUCCUGAGGACGAACUUCUUGAGGAAUAUGACUUCAUAAUAGUGGGCGGAGGUCCAGCUGGUUGUCGUCUGUUCGAAAAGCUUACAAAUGAAACGCUAUGUGGCCAAUCCUAUCGAGUUCUUCUUAUCGAAGCCGGGGGCAACCCUCCACUCUGGACAGAUGUGCCACUUUUCUAUAGACGGACAGGAUCGCCUGGCUACGAUAAUGUGAUGUGGUGGUUCCCUCACAAGUCAAACGGACUUCAUAACCUUGGCUUGUCUAGCAGCCCCACCGUUUUUGGAGCUAAAGUGCUGGGUGGUGGAUCAACUUUUAAUGGGGCAGCAUUCCAAAGGGGUUGCGCAGCCGACUACGACCGAAUCGAACCCGAGACGCAGUGCAAAGGGUGGAAUUACAAAGAGGUUCUCAAGGCCUUUAAACACGAUGAAAACAACCAGGACCCAAGCAUUAGGAAUAAUGGGCACCAUGGAAAGAAGGGCACCAUCUGUGUGAAUUCGCUUCUAUUAGAUAAUGGCGAGACUGCUGGCUACCAUGCCUGGAAAGACACGCUAGAACUGCAAGGCAUGCAAUAUGCUGACCCACAUGAUGGCACAUGUCACGGCAAGGGGUACCAUUUUCAAGCAGCAUUUUGUCACGGAAUACGGUAUUCUGCUGUCACAGCAUUCGUCACACCAUUUUUCCAGGCACGUCGCAACCAGAUGCAUAUUAAACUAAAUACACUUGCCACAAAGCUAGUCAUAAAUCAGUCUGGAAUAGUUCCUCGAGUUGUAGGUGUCGAAACGGCUGACGCCACAACGGGUGAAGGCGGAAAAACGUAUCGAGCUAAGAAAGAGGUUAUUCUCACUGCUGGAGCUCUUAAGACCCCCCAAUUGAUGAUGGUCUCAGGAAUUGGUCCUGCAAAGCAUCUACAGUCAAAGGGCAUUAAAGCCAUCGUAGAUCUACCAGGCGUUGGCCGCAAUCUGCACAAUCAUCCUGGCAUUUCAUCAUUUUACGUCAAAAACGUGCCAGAGACAUGGCUGCCAAAUAAUACCUGCGAAGACAUUGAGGCGUAUUUCCGAGGCCCCAAUGGGUCUCUCCUUUCCUCUUCCGUAAAUAUGGUUGGAGUGGCGUACCGCCAAUUAGAUCGAGUCGAUAUGAACAGACCACUGGAUGAUGAAAUUUUGAAGAACAAUUUUUCUGAUGUAGAAUAUACCCUUUCCGGGUCAAAAGGCUUUGGAGGGCCUUGGUUGGCAGUUGAUCCUAAAAUUAAGGAAGAGUACCUUGGUCCUCUGAAGAAUGAAAACUUCUUGACCGUAAACGUGUAUCAGAUGCACCAGAAGUCACGCGGGUUUGUAGAACUAAAUUCGACUUCAGUGGCUGAUAAUCCUUACGUGUACUUCAACUACUUCAGUGAAAGGUCUGACCUCGACACGCUGGCCGUCGGAGCUAUGAAAAUAGCAGAGAUGUUACGUUCCCCUCCUUUUGCUCAACAUGCUAUUGAGCUGUACGAACGGCCAUUCCCUAAAUGCAAAGAGCACGCGUUUGGCACCCUUGAAUAUUUCCGCUGUCUAGUCAUGUACACGACGCAUGCCAAUUUUCACUACGCUGGUACAACGAAAAUGGGUUGCAACCGCCGAGCCGAUCAAGAUGUUGUCGUAGAUGGUCGAUGUCGCGUUUAUGACGUUGAAGGAUUGAGAGUAGCCGACACAAGCAUUGCUCAUGCGCUGCCCCAAGGUCACUCGAUGGCAUACGCCUAUCUGACAGGCGCACGUUGCGGCGACUUUAUCUCUGAAGACCAUUAUCGCUGGAAAGGUAAUGAGCGUAGGUCUGUACCUACACCUUCAGUCACAGACUACAAAGGCUCGGCUUUUCUAUCAGUGCCAAGACAAGCCCAGUGGAAUUCUAAUUACCGUCAGUGGUAGACGAUGAAGAAUAUUUUUGAUAGUUUCGAUACCAAUCUGUGAUUAUCACUGAGUCACAACACAAAAUUAAUGUAUUGAUUUUUGAAGGUAGUUAUGUUUGUCCGUAAAGAUAUACAUAUAGUGAAAUAGGUUAUGCAACAUUAUGAAUAAAAAAAGAUUAUGGUUAACACUGUAUACACAUUUCUACGUGUAUAUGAUUUAAGAUAGACAACUAACGUUAAUAAAAGUUGUUAUGUUUUGAAACCAAUGCACAACAAUUUUGUGCUGCAGAUAUGUUAUGGUUGCAAUUUUUGUUUUGUAACAUGGCUCCUAGCAGUUAUCUAUAAUCCUUGUCCUCUAAGCUAAAAACAUUUUUACCUUCCUGUUUGCUUGCUGUGUUUUGCUCAAAUUUUGAACAAUUGUGCGGGGUACCGAUAGAGAAUCAUGUCUUUCAGCUUAGGUAUCUUUUUUUGGGAAGCUAGUUGCCAAUUUAUGACGAACGAGGGUAAAGACUUUUGCUAAAUAAACCCAUUACAACACUAAAAUGAGCUAAAAAGAUUUGUCCCAAACUGGUUCGGCCUUAAUUUUAAAUAAAUGAUCUUUUAUUUUUAUUUCUCGCAUUUUCUCCUCCCGAAUCUCUGUUACAACUUAAAAAACUGUCAUAAAGACGUCUGCAUGUAUGUGUACCAUAUGCGCCUGUGCGUAUUUGUUAUGCUCUAUAAAGUAUGCACCAUUUAUAAAAUGUUGCUUGAAACCACGUAGUAAAAUAUAAUAAUUGUUUGUUUUUAAAAAAAAAAUUGAUGUAGUACGAGUAUGUACAAAAUUAAUGCUAACUAAUAUAAUUAUUUGCUUAUUAAAGGAAAUACCCCUGGGACGUCUUGGCAAAGCUUUAAUAGACAUCUUUUGCUCGUCUAAAUAUAGACACAACUGCUAUGCCGAUAAUGGAUAUUAUAAGUUAUCUAGGUCUGUAAACCAGGUUAUGAUUUCGGACCAUAAAAGGAGGUCGGUGGAUGGCUGAAAAAUUAA